AUAAUUUCUUCAGUAUGUGGAAGCAGCAGCAGAGACAGACGGUGGACUGAGGCAACCUUUAAUUUAUUUGUGUUUCCCUUGAAAGGGCAGGAGUUUAACUACGAGACGGUUGAUCUGUAGUUCUGUUAGGCUGGCUUCCUAAAGAUGAGUCUCUUCUUGCAUGAUGACAAUAAUAAUUAAUCUGGACUUCAGUGCAGUGUCCUUGAUAGUCCUGGAUAAAAAUCCUAAACAGAAAAGUGACAAGAGACUGGGACGAACCAAAGCUUAGCUCCUGCCAGUCGGGAAGGAUGUGGUCUCCUGUUGUUGGCUUUUCCAUCUUCCCUCAUAUCGGGGGAUUUCUCGGCUGGUUCUUCAACCGCAAUUCAGUGCCUACUUGGUAUGAAAAUCUGAAGAAACCCUCUUGGUGCCCAUCCAACCAGAUGUUCCCCAUUGCUUGGACUCUCUUGUACACAGGAAUGGGCUAUGGCUCGUUCCUGAUUUGGACAGAUGUAGGCGGCUUCAACAGCAAAGCCAUCAUCCCACUAGGCCUCUUUGGGGCUCAGCUCGCUUUGAACUGGGCAUGGCCUCCCUUGUUCUUUGGCAUUCAUAAUCUCAGACUGGCUCUGCUGGACAUCCUGUGCCUGGAUGGCUUAGUGGUAGCUACCAUGUACUCUUGGUACCCCAUUAACAAGUUGGCAACAAUGCUGAUGGUGCCUUACCUGGCUUGGCUGGCCAUGGCUACUUGUCUCACCUACGUCAUCUGGAUGGAUAACCCUGAGAAGAAACCAAGAAAGAAAGAAUAAGAGAUGAGAGUUGUGCAAGUGAAGUCAUUCUGUCAUUCAUCCUGAAGGGGGAAUCAAGAUCUGAUCACUUGAAGUCUAUUACUUUUCAGACAGUAGGCCUGUGCAAAGCAGCUAGUAUUCACUUCGGAUUCAGAUUCAGCCGAUUUAGGGGACAGCGGUUCGAUUUGGUGAUUCAAAUCACUGUCCUUAUUCAAUUCGGCUGAAUCUGAUUCGGAGAUUUGGCUGCUGUUGAAUCUCCGAAUCAGCCAGGCCAGGCCCAUCCCCUGCCCCUCUCCCAGCCCGGCACUGGCUCUCUCUGUCCGCCCCAGCUCCUGGCACUUGUUUAAAAAAAAAUAAAAAAGCCCAGCUCACCAGGUGCUGCUGGGUGGGGUGCAAUGCCCACUGCCCCACGCUGCGUGGGGGGCUCUGCACAAGCCCCCUCGGCCCCCCUGUGGGUGCCGCGCCUGGGCCAGCUCCAGCCCUUCAAGAAAAAGAAAACCCAAACUCCCCUCUCCAGACUCACUGCUCCGGCCAGUGGGGGGGCGAUCCCUGCUGCCCCCACCCCACUGCCCCGCACCACGUGGGGGGCUCUGCACGAAUUCCCCAAAGCCACUGCAAGACCUGUGAGUACCAGGGGUUUUCUCAGCUUUUGCAUUUUUUUUUUUUUUAAAGGGCCAGAGCUGGCCUGGACAGGACACCUGUUGUGGGGGUGGGGGGGCUCAUGCAGAGCCCCCCAUGCAACAUGGGGCAGUGGGGGGCAGCAGGGAUUGCCCCCCCUGCCUGGCAGCACCUGUUGAGCACUGGGGCUUUUUUUUAAGGUACUGAGCUGGGGUGGGUGGGGCAGCCAUGGUGGGGGCUGGGAGAGCAGGGGCCUGACAGGGGUCCCCCUGAGGUCCUCUCCCUCCUCCCCCACCCUUAGUACUUACCAGCUCCAAGCUGGCUGCAGCUCCUUGGUGCAGCCACCGGGGACUGCCCGAAUCACUCGGAGAGCUUUGAAUCGAUUCAGACCUUUAAAUUGGUCCCCCAGUUCGAUUUGGAUUCAGAGAUUUGGCAGCCGAAUCACCACCAGAAGCUUGGCACAGCCCUAUCAGAUAGGCAUGAGAACUUCAUAUACCCUUUGUGAAGGGCAGGGAGGGAGAAGAUUUUGCAUAAUGCAGGUGUGCAUCUUUUUGAGUUAACAUUUGCUUUCACCUGAGAAUUCCUGCUCUUCUCUCACUCUCCAGCAGUGCUUAGGGCUUGGGAUUAAUGCUACCGAAUUAAACCUUUUGAGCCAAAUUCUGAUCUGUUGCAUCUGUGUAAACUCACAGUAACUCCACUGAACUCAGUGGUGUCACUCUGGAUUUAUACUAGUGCAAAGGAGAAUAGAAUUGACUUUUAUUCAUUAAAAAUGUCUUAUCCCUAGAUUAGACCAAAAGAUAAAAAACAAAUCGGCUUCUUUCUAUUCUUGCUAUAUGUUUAAUUUUUCUAGAAUGCCUGAAUGGGAUUUUUUACUAUUAGCCAUUAACGUUUUUUACCUAUUAGAUAAUGAGCAAGCAACUUACAUAUUUAUUCUGCCAGUGCAGUGUACCCAGUCAGCUUAGUUUUCCUUGUAUAGUCCAUCUUGCUUCUGCGUUCCCAUGCACUAAUACCAUGCUGCAAUCAUUAGAAAACAAAGACCUGUACCAAAAUGGAAAAAUUAUAUCUCCCAUCCCCAAAAGCAGCACUCCCUGAGUAAAAGAAAAGCAAAACCAAAGCUGUUUUUUUUAACUGAAGUUUAAGAAAAAAAUUCAGAAUAUUUCUAUUGAUAUUGGGUGCUGUAAAACUUGGAAAUCAGUCUACUUCUCCCUUAUUUCUGGGCCUAAACUCCUGGACAGUACCUGGGAUUCUCAAGGGCAGGAGCUGGGUGCCAAACUCCAACCGAGUAGAAGCUGGGUAAUUGACUUAUUUAAAAACCUAGAAAGUGUCAUUCUAAGUCGUGUCACACUGGUAUUUUUCCCUGGGAAAAAGAUGUAGAGGGCCCGAUUCUGCAAAGACCUAUUCAUGCACAGGACCAGAUUAGCACUUUAGUAGGUCCUAGGCAAACACACUCGUGGGCCCCCAGCUGAAGAUGAAAUUUUUAUUUUACUUUUUUCACUCAAUAAUUAUGAUAUGUAAAAUAAGCACAACUGUAAAAUAACCUUCACUUAGGGCCCUAGGCAUGUGCCUAGUCUGCCCAUACUUUACUCCGGCCCUGUUCAUGCACUGGUAAUGUGAGGGAGGAUUUGCUUAGGAGGUUGCACCUAAAGUCGCAUAUAGUCACCAAGUAGUUGCUUAACUAAUUUUGGCUUUGGGGAAAAAUUACUCAAAGGUUAAAAACAACAAAAAACCCCAAACAAAACCCAAAAAACUCCAUUUCAUAUUCCAGAGGAAUGGGAAGGUUCAAACCAUGAUUAAGGACCUACCUAACUCACAGCAAGAGAAAGCAAUUUUUUGCAGCUUGGUUGUGGCAAAAAAGCCAAUUCUGUGGUCAUUUUGCAGUGGUCCUGCCCCUUGGCACUGAUUGGAGGAAUGAUGGGCAGCCACCAUCUUGACUGCUGGCUGUCUUCAUGUGGCCCUGACUCCCAGCACCGGUUGGCAUAGAGGCAUGAGGAGGCAGAUGCUAUCUUGGCUACUGCCCUUCAUGUGCCACCCUGCCAGCUGGUGCCUUUUCCUCCUGGGCAGGCUGUAAAACCAGGGUUCAGCGGCAGCAAGGACCACUGUCUCCCAUUGGGGAGCCAGCGUUUUUUGUUUUUUUUUAAAUUUUUUGGGGUUGUUUUCUUGUGAAAUUGCAGCCAAUGCCAUUUUCACAGCGAUUGCAGAGAUCACUGGUUUUUGUGGCUUCUGCGAAAUCGUGAUUUAAGUAGGUUCCUAACCAUGAUCCGUGCCAAGGUACUUCUUGAAGGAGGGUCCAUUGCAAUCUCUGCCCUUCUCCUGUUCUCACCCUUCCAAACUGAAUGUAUUUAGAGAGAGUACGUGCUACUCUUUUAAUUAAUGAAAUAGAAGCAAUGUAUUAAAUAGAUGGAACUUUUUUGCUGGCAGCUGAUUGUAAGGGUGUCCAUAGGUGGUGAAGGAGACUGUGGCUAUUUUGGGUAUUGUAUUCUUAACUGCUAAUGUAAAGAAACUCUAGCGGCUUUUAAUAAAACCAGGAUGUCUUUGUCUUAAAAA